CACCGAGUCAGGAGCCCAGAGGAGGGGGCAAAGGAGCUCGCCUUGUGACGCGACUAUUUUACGAAAUAAAUAUGGCGGAGUCAGCUGGGUACAAUCAGCCAACGGACAAGCGCAGCUUGGCACUCGGCGAAGAGAAUGCCACUGUGCAGCAGCCACCCGCUUAUGCCCCGCCGUCCGUGGUCUACCCGAAUCCGCAACCCUACUGUGCACCGUCAUCGUCCCAGCAAAUGUCAAGUACGAAUACCACUGUAGUGGUGAAUCAGCCCAGGCAGCAGAACAUCAAGAUGCCCCGAGACUGGAGUACUGGAGUGUGUGCGUGCUGUGACCACGUGGGCAUCUGUUUGUGUGGGGCGUUCUGCCAAUGCUGUCUGGCCUCUGAGGUGUCCCAGGACAUGGGGGAGUCGUCCUGUGUGCCAUGCUGUGUGCCCGGGUGGCUUAUCUCUCUCAGGCUUAAGAUGAGGAUUCAGGAGAAUAUUCCGGGAUCCCUGCUUGAUGACUGUUGUACAGUGUGCUGCUGUGGAGUGUGCGUUCUCUGCCAGCUGGCCAGAGAGAUUCGCUUCGUCAAAAUGGCGGACCAGACACGCCAGUUGCAGGCCAUGUAAAUUGACGAGUGGGGGGUGCCAGGCCAGAGAUUGGUCAGCAUCUUUACUGCAGAUCUCUUGCAUGGACAGGCAGCACUGUUGCUGUUGUUUUUACCAUUACUUAGCUCCUGUCGGCAAGGUACUCACUGCUCUUUUCAGCCUGAUGUCACAUUUGUGAAAAGCCCCCCCUGAAACUUGUUUGGAAA